AUGGAGGAUAAUUCGGGUAUUUUGAGUUCUAAAGAGCCAUUGUUGAACGGCAAUGAGAAGUGGAGAAAGGAUGAACUGAGUCGAGUUAACUCGUACAACUCACUCAGGUCUGAGUUUUUAUCGAGGUUGCCUGAUAAGGUUCGCUCUGAUUUUGAUGUUGAGUCUUCUUUUCACGUUGAUGUCUCUAAAGCAAAAGGGCUUAGCCAAGUGAUUGAAUUAGUGUCUGUUGUUAUGGAAUUUAUAGAUGAAAAGGAGUACUAUGAAAGACAAUUUGCAACCUUAAAAUCGUUUAAGGAAGUUGAUACUUUGAUGACAACUGAUACAAUUGAUGAAGAAGAUGAUCAAGAACAAGCAGAAGCUGAAAGGGCUAUGAAGAUCUCUAACUAUGCCAACAUUUUGCUUUUGUUGUUUAAGAUAUUUGCUACAGUAAGGACUGGAUCAAUAGCCAUUGCUGCCUCGACGUUAGAUUCUUUGCUUGAUCUCAUGGCUGGUGGGAUACUUUGGUUCGCUCACCUAUCCAUGAAAAACAUAAAUAUCUACAAGUAUCCUAUUGGAAAAUUAAGGGUGCAGCCAGUGGGGAUAAUCAUCUUUGCUGCUAUCAUGGCUACACUUGGCUUUCAGAUAUUGAUCCAAGCUGUUGAAGAACUAAUUAAAAAUGAACCGCUUCGAAAGUUUUCCUCAGAUCAACUGUUAUGGCUUUACAUAAUCAUGAUAACAGCUACUGUGGUGAAACUGGCACUUUGGAUUUACUGUAGAAGCUCUGGAAACAGUAUAGUUCGUGCCUAUGCAAAGGAUCACUAUUUUGACGUGGUGACGAAUGUGGUAGGAUUAGUUGCAGCUGUUCUUGGGGAUAAAUACUACUGGUGGAUUGACCCCGUUGGUGCUAUUCUUCUUGCAGUUUACACAAUUACAAAUUGGUCCGGAACUGUUAUUGAAAAUGCAGUUACUCUUGUUGGGCAAACAGCUCCUCCCGAGGUCUUGCAGAAAUUGACAUAUCUUGUCACAAGGCACCCUCAAGUCAAGCGUGUAGACACAGUCCGCGCUUAUACCUUUGGUGUUCUUUAUUUUGUAGAGGUUGACAUUGAACUUCCAGAAGAGCUGCCGCUAAAGGAAGCACACACUAUUGGAGAGACAUUGCAGAACAAGAUCGAGAAACUCCCAGAAGUCGAGCGGGCAUUUGUUCAUCUUGAUUUUGAAUGCGAACACAAACCAGAGCACUCUGUUCUCAGCAGGUUACCCAACAGUUAG